AUGAAACUUAUUUAACAUAAAAGCAGUAGAUAUAUUACCAAAAUUUAUAACUUGUUUACCUUAGCAUUACUUCUGAAUAAAAUAUAAAACAUAUUAGCUUGUCCAUUUAAUAAUUAUAAAGAUGCAAUAAUGAAUAGUGAAAGUUAAACAUGGAUGAAGAUAUUACCUGAGAAUGAAGCAGUUGCAUUAGGAUUUUGGACAUUCAGCAUACCAUUAUUCGUUAAAUCUGAAAAUUCAAAUGUUGGUUAAGAAUUUAAAAUUGAUGAACCAUCAUUAGGGGAAUUUCUUUUUUUAUUAAGAAAUACUGAAAAUAAUGAACAUAUAAUUGUUGGUUAUAACUCAUUUGAUUAUAUUUAAUAAAAAGUACAUCACAUAUUUCGUUUUAAAAAUAGUGCUGAAGUUUAAAAAAUGGAUUUUCAUUUUGAAUGCUUACAGUAUGAAGGAAAAUGGAUAUUUCAUUUAAUUAUUCUAGAGAAGAAAAUAUAAAAAAUAAUGAUAAAAGUAAAUUAAUAAGAAGAAUAAUCAACCAAUUUUAAUUUUGAAAAUCAACUAAAUUUAGGAAUAACUAUUGGAGGAAAAGGAUAUGUAAUAUUUUUUAUAAUAUCUAGAUCAAUAAUCUAAAUCUUAACUAUUUUAAAGGAGUAUUUACUGAAUUAAUAUAUUAUCCAAUAAUUGCUUAUUAAGAAAGCCUAUUUUAAAAAUUAAUGAAUUAUUGCAAGAUUCCUUAGAAAAUAGAUAAGGAAUAAAUAAUAAAUAUUAUACAAGGACUAAAGAUUUUUAAAGGAGAUUAGGUUCUAUAACUACCAAUUGAUCAUUAUGGAAAUAAUUAUUGUUUAUAAGGAUGGGUUAAAUAUAAAUUGAAGAAUAUUAAUGAGGAAAGUCAAAUUUUAAUAAAAAUCACAGGAUUGAAUAAUUUUGAAUAAGAGAAAAUUCUAGGGGAUGAACUAUUUAGAUUUGAAGUAUAUUUUUCAAGAAAUAAUCCUGAAUAAACACAAAUUAUAGUAAAUGCAGAUGCAUAUGGUAUGCCAAUUUAAUAAUCAUUUUAAUCUCAACACGAUUUGUUUUUUUAGGGAUCCAGUAAUUCAAAGUAUGAUGUGAUUUAAGCAAAAAAAAUUUAUAAAGAUCUGUAGAGUUAAAAUUAUUUUGAAGGAUUAUAGUAAUGGCAUUAUAUUUAAUAUGAAUAUGGUAGGAAUAAUUUAAAUGAGAGAAUGUUAUUGAUGAUUAAAUUUUCAAAUGAAUUAGGAUUAUUAAAAGACAAUUUAGGAAACGAUAUCUUUAGUGGUUCUUUUAGAAAUUAUAAAUUUAAUCUUUUUUUUGGAGGAGAUAACUUAAAUAAUAAUAUAAUAAAUCAUAAUUUUCUUAAUGGCAAUAUAUAUGAUUUCAAAUUUUAUUAUAAUUAUAAUGAAGAUAAAGCAUUUAUGUAAAGUAUUUAUUAAUUAAAAUAUCAUUAGAUUGUCAUUAUUCUUGUUUAACUUGCAAUGGACCUUAAGAAUAAAAUUGUUUAACAUGUGAUCCAAAUUCAAAUAGAUAUUAUUAAGAAGAAUUGAAUAUGUGCAAAUGUUAUUCAGAGUAUUUAGAUAAAGGGAUUUAAAUUUGUGAUAAUUAAUUUGAUUCUUCAAUCAUAUUAGAAGAAUAAUAAAUAAAUUUAGAGAUUUCAUGCCCACUUGGAUACUUUAGAUUACCUAAUAAUAAAGGAAAUGAAUAUGAUUGUAUAGAAUGGUAUUAUAUGAAAAUUAAAUCUUAGUCCAUCUUAAAUUAGAAUGAAUUCAAUAUAAUGUAUUGAUUGUUUGUUAUAUCCAAAAACAUGGUAUUUAAAACCUGUUUGUAAAUUAGAUUAUAAAUAAGUUUUUUCAAAAUAUAAUGAUGAAACUUUGAUUAUGAAAGAGAGAAUACCUAUGUAAUAUGAUGUAUAUCUGAUUGGAAAUGAUUAAUAGUUACAUUUACAUACAGAAUAUGAGGAUUAUUGUGAAUAUACUUUAGAUGUAGAUGUUUAUUGUCAUAAAAUAGCCUAAUCUCAUCUUGGCACUACAGCUACAUUAAAAUGUAAAUAUAAUUACUUAUAUGAUAUGGACAAUUAUGUUUGUUUGAAAAGUAAAUACAUUUGUAAAACAUAUGAUAUCUCUGGAUAUUGCAUCAAUUGUCUAUCUAAUAUGUACUUAAUUUGGUAUUAUUGUACUCCUUGUCCUAAUACUUGUUCUUCAUGUUAAAAUAAUGGAUUAAAUUAAGCACUAUGUUAAUCUUGCAUAUCUUAAUAUACUAUUAAAAAUGGAUAAUGUUUAAAAUGUGGUAUCAAUUGUGAAAUUUGUGAAGAUUCCUAUAAUGAGUCUUUAAAUUAUCAUUAUUUAAAAUGUUUAAAAUGUAUUGAUCCCUCUUUAUACUUAUUUUCACUUGAUGGUAUUAAUUGCAUUUAAAAUACUAUUUAACAUUGUAAAUAUGCAUUCUAAACUUUGAUUGAUGAUUUCACUAUAAACUCUCUCGAUAUUAAUUUUAAUCCAUAAUUUGAUCAAAGUAAAAUAACAUUAUUAUGCGCUAAAUGUGAAUCUAAUUAUCUAUUUGUUUUUGAAAAUUAAUCUUGUGUUUAUUAUGAUAAAAAUGAUUAAUGUGAAAUUGGAAUAGGAUAAUUAAAAAAUAGUGAUUAAUCUCUAGAAUUAACAUUAUGUCUUAAAUCUAAUCAAUAUUAAAAUUAAGUUGUUGAAUUUAUUUAAAAUUGUAAUCAAAUAAUUGAUAAUUGUUAUGUUUGUCUAGAAACAAACAUUCAAAAUUAUUUUAUUUGUUUAGAAUGUUUAAAUGGAUAUUAUUCAGAAUAAAUCUCUGGGAAAUGUGUUUUAUGUCCAAUUGAACUUUAAUGUAUGUAAUGUUAUUCGCAAAAUUCUAUUGUUAAAGAUUAUUGGAAAAAAGAAAUUAGAGCUUUUUAUAGAAAGUAUAUUGAAAUAAAAAAUAUACAUUAAUAUAUUCAAAAUGCUUAAAGUUAGAAUGUUAAGGAUUAUGAAAUUAUUUGUUCUAGUUGUUAAGAUGGAUAUAAAUUAUAUAAGAAUAAAUGUUUAAAAUAUUGUACAGAUUCUUGUUUAGAAUGCUUAUUUUAAGAUGAUUAAUAUAUUUGUAUUAGAUGUAUAAAAAAUGAAAAAGGAAGACAAUAAUCUCUUUUAAAUAAUGAAUGUAUUGAUUGCCCAGAAAAUUGUUAAUUAUGUAAGCCAAGAACUUAAUUAGAGAUUAAAUAAAUUAAUCCUUUAUUCAACAGUACGAAAUAUUUAAAAUAUACAAAUCAAUGUAUAAAAAGUUAUAAUGAUUAACAUUAUUAUUAUGAUGAAGAUUUAAGUUUAUUUGUUGAGUGUUAAUUAAAACUUAAUAAAGAUGGUUGUUUUAAAUAAAUAAUUAUUUAAUUUAACUUAUAUCCAGAUUAAUCUAGUUAUUUAAAUGAUUUAAAUCUACUAUAAGAUGAAUAAAGUCGAAUUGAAUUUAAAAAAAUAAAUAAAUAUCUUAAAGAUAUAAAUUCUUUUGAUCAUUUAUUCAGUGAAGUAUUAAUGUUAAUAAUAAUUAUAGUAUGAAAAUGAUGAUUUCUACACUUUAGCUAAUAAAAAAUAAAUUAAGUCUAUCAUUAUUAAAAUUAUUGGUUUGAAGAAUGCUCGCUUAAUUGUUACUGGAGUUCUAAGUCACUAAUUUAGUAUUAAUAUAUUUUCAGUAAUGUAAAAAUAAAUUAUAUAAACUAAAGAAAUAUUGAACUAGUUUUUGAAAUGCAAUAAGGAACUGUAAUAACUAUAAAAGAAGUAUUUUAGUUUAGCAAUUUCAACAAAAUUACAUUAAUCAAUAUAAUUUUUGAUUCAUGCAAACCUUGUAUUGAAUAAAAGAAACUUAUUUUUGAGAGUGUUUUCCCUUAAAUUAUUACUUUCGAAUAAAUAACAAUUUAACAAAUUUGGAAACCAUAUUAUUUUGAUUAUUUACUUAUAGAAAUGAAAAAUGUAUAAAGUUUUUUUGCUAAUUCUUUAAAAUUUAUAUCAUUUGGAUUAAGAGUUAUUGAUAAUUUUUUUACUAUAUAUGAAUCCAAUACAAUUAAAACUAUUAUUUUUCAAGAUUUAGAAAUUACAAACUGUUAAUUUUAUGAUUAAACUAUUUUUAAUUUAGGAUUAAAAUAAGAUGAUUUGAUUGAAUUUAAUAAUGUUAAAAUAUAAAAUACAACAUUUAACAAUGUAAGUUUUAUCUAUGUGGAAUAUUUAAAUUAAAUUGGAAUCAUAAAGUUUAAUAAUAGCCAAAUCACAAGUUUCAUAUCUGAUUGCAAAACCUUUUUAUCAUUAUAAUAUUUUAGAGAAGUAGUAAUGAUUAAUUUUCAUUUAACUAAAUCAAUAAUAACAAAUUCAACUAUUUUAGUACUAAACAAUAAAGCCUUUUUAGAAGAAAUAAUAUUCACUAGUAAUACUUUUAACACUAAUAGCAUGGGUAUAAUUAAUAUAAACUAAUUAUCAAAUUUAGAAUAUAAUUAUUUGUUUUAGAAUAUCCAAUUUGAAAACAAUUAAUAUAGUUCUAUUAUUAAAUUCAUUAAAUUAAAUAAAUAUUAAAGUUAAACUUAAAGAAUAAAAAUUGAUGAAAUCAAAAUCAUUAAUAAUUAUCUCACAGAUGAAACUUUAAAUUAUAACUAAUAAUAAAACGAUUCUUCUUUAGUAUUAAUUUAAUUUGAAGAUAUCUAUAUGACUAAUUUUUUUAUAAACAGAGGUUUUGGACUUAGUGAAUUUUCAUUAUAAGAAUCAAAGAUUUUAUAAAUUAUUAAUGGGGAAAUUAAGCAAGACAAAUUCAAUUUUUUAGGAUUACACUAAAAUUUAAAUUGCCAAUUAAGAUAUGUAAAUGGUUAAUUCUACCCUUUAUCUAUAUUUAUUGGAUCGUUUUAGAAUGUUUUUUUAUAGAAUAUCACAGUUUCAUCAACUUCAUCAUACAAUUUUCCAAUUAUUUAGAUAUAAUCUGCUCUAUUGAGUCAGACAAAGAAUUUAGAAAAACUUAUUUUAGACGGUAUAAAUUUUCUGUCAAAUUUAUUAAUAUUAACUGAUGCAUAAUUAUAAAUCUGUUUAAUAUAAAUUAAUUCGUUAUAGGAAAUUUUAAUAUAAUUAAAUAAUUUAUAGUUUAUACAAAAUGUUUUACAUGAAUAUGAUUAAGAUGAUUUAAUAAAAUAAAAUGGAAUGUUAUCAAUUAAUUGUCCUAAUUGUUAAAUUAUAUUAUAAAACUCAAUAUUUGUUAAAAAUAUUGUAACAAAUAGUAGUGGAACAAUUUUGUCGAUUAAUUCUAAAUCAUUGGAAUUAAAAAAUAAUAGUUUUGAAAGUAAUAAUAUUUUUAAUUAUUCUAUACUUUAACCUCAUAUAUUAUGGGGAUUUUCUUAGCUUGUAACUUAUGAAACAAUUAAUUAAAUAUUUAGAGUGAAAUCAUUAUCUGGAAAUGGGAUGUUUUGGGUUUAAACAUUGAAUAUAUUAAAUAAUAGCUUUUAAAAUAGUGUUGGAUAAUAAGGAGGUUGUUUCUCUAUAUUUGCUUAAAGAUCAUCAAAUAUUAUAAUUCAAAAUAAUUAAUUUUUCAAUUUUUCUACAUAAUUUUAUUAAGAAAUAGAAUAAGGAGGAGUUAUCUAUAUUGAUGGUUCAUCUGUCACAUCUCUUUAAAUUUUAAUCCAAAAUAUCAAAGUUUAAAAUAUAAAUUGUAGAUAAUAUGGUGGAUUUCUUUAUCUCAAAUCUAAUAAGUCUUUAACUAAUCUUCAUAUUAUUAAUAUGAUUUUAAAAGAUGUAUAUGCAUAACAAGGAUCUGUUAUAUUUACAUCAUAUUCAAGAUUAGUUGAAGAUCUAUAAACUAUAUUCAUUUCAGGAUUAUAAAUAAUUAAUUCUCAUAAUGGAUAUUUCUAAUUUUUAAAUAAAUUUACAAUGAUAACUGAUAAUUUUGAAAAAUACUAUCUUAUUAAUAAUAGAACUUCAAUUUAUGUAGAAUAUGGAUCAGAAAUAAUUAUUUAAAAUGUUUCAGUAUAUUAUUUAAUUUUAGAAUCUUUUUUUAAUUCAUAAAACAUAAGAAAUAUUACUAUUGAUACAAUUAUAAUUGAAAACAGUUAUAUAAGUAAUUAGUUAAUGUUUAUAAAUCCCUUAACAUGUAUUUAUUAAACUUUAAAUAUUAGAUAUUGAUGUUACAAUAAGAUUACGUAAUAUAAAGAUAGAAUUAAUAAAUAUUGGAUUCGAAUUUUAAAAUUUAACUUGUUUAAAUUCAACAUUUAGGUAAAGUGAUACUUUUUAUGAAUGUCCAAUAGAAAUUUAAUAAGCCCCAAAAUAACUUUCAUCUGUUUCCCAAAUUAAUGAAUCAAAUGGAUUCUGUUUCUAUAAUUCUAUAAAGAAAGAAUUAGAUUUAUCUCAUUCAGGAUUGAUAUUCUUAAAAUGUUCAACUUUUUAAUGUUAAGUGGAGAUUGUUGAAAUAUAUCUUAGGCAUAUAUUUUGUGAUGUUUGUAAUUUUGGAUUAAUUUCUACAGAACUUCAAGAAUCAAUAUAAAUUUAAUUUAAGAUUUAAUUAAUUAAUAAAAUAAGAAUAUCGAAUUCAAAUUGUGGUGAAAAAGGAUGCAUUGUUGUUCAAAAAACAUAACAAGUAAGCAAUCUAAAUUACAAUGAAUAAUAGAAUUCAUCUCAAUAUGAACUAUAAAUUUCGAAUUAUAUAUGUAUUGAAAAUAUUGGAUACAAUGGAACUUGUCUAUACUUGAAUCAAAUUAAAACUUAGAUUAUAAAUUCUAAUUUUUAAUCAAAUAAUGCUUCAAAUAAUGGAGGUGCUUUAUACAUUUUAGGACAACAACCUCUAAUUAUUGAAAAUACUAUUAUAACAGAUAAUAGAGCAAAUAUUGGAGGAGGGUUGUAUCUUUUAGAUUAAUUUCCAAUAGAUUAUAAAAAAACAAAUACAAUAGUUUUUUAAAAUUAUGCAAUUUUAUAUAGUAAUAAUAUUGCUUCAAUUCCUGAAAAAUUGUCAAUCCGGUUAAAAAAUGAUCUAUCUAUUCUAAAUACAACAAAUUUGGUAGAAAAUUCAAGUAUAAAAAUUGAUGAAAUUAAAAUAUAACCUUUUUAUCUAAUAAAUGGAGAGUUAUCAGAAUAUAUAAAAUUACCAUCUGGAUAGCCAUUAUUUAAAUAUUAAUUUUAUGAUUGGAAAAAUUAAUUAUUUGUUGAAUCCAAUAUAAUUUUUCGUAUUUAAACACUUAGUAGAGACAUGACUUAUAAUGAAAUUCCAUAAAUAGAAUAAUCAUCAUGUCUAAUAAAUAGUAGAGUAUAUAACAUUUCAAAAAAAGAUUAAAAUCAAGAAUUCACUAAUAAUUAUACAAAUUAUAAUGAAAUAAAAUUUAAUAGAAAUACAUCAGAUUAUAAUUUAGAUGAUUUAAUUAUAUAUUUUAAUAAUGAAGUAGCAAAUGAAAUAGUAUUAUAACUUGAAUUUAGUUGUAACUCAAUAAAAGUUCCAGUAUUUAAUGAAAAAUAUCCUUAUAAUGUUUAGAGUUAUCAUAAUGAUUACAAACUUAGAAUAAAUAUAAAGACUUAUGAUUGUUAAUUUGGAGAAAUUAAAAAUAUAACAAAAUUUUCAUGUGAUUAAUGUGAUUCAACAAUAGGUUUAUUUUCUUUAACCUUAAAUGCUUAAAAGUGUGAUAUAAAAGAUGAAAUUUCUACAAUUGCUACUUAUUAAAAUUAAUUAUAACUUAGAGGUGAAUAUUGGAGACCCUAUUUUGAUACAAAAUAAAUUAGUUAUUGUAUAAAUUUACCAAUGAAUUGUAAUGGUGGAUGGAAUUAAGGUGAUAAAUCUUGUCUUUAAGGACAUUUAGGAGCACUCUGUGAAUAAUGUGAUUUAUACGAUAUUAGAGGAGAUGGUUCUUUCUCAGUAGUAGAUAAAUAUUUAUGUGGAACUUGCAGAGAUAAAGAAGAGAAUUUAUUAAUUAUAGUUGGAGUCAUUAUCAUGUCUAUGAUAUUUAUUUUUAUUACAGUUUCUGGUAAUAUUAAAACUGUUGAAUUACACACUAAAGCUUUACCCUUUAAAAGUAUGAGAAUAUCAAACUAUUUAAACAAAGCUCAAUCAGGUAUACUAAUAAAGAUGUUAACAAACUAUUUAUAAAUUAUUGUUACUAUUACUACCUUUUAACUUCAUUUCCCAUAAGAAUUAAAUAGUACAAUAUUAGCAGUAGGAAACCCAUUGUAAACUGUAACUUAUUCACUCGAUUGUUUUCUAGUAGAUUUAAUUUUUGUUGUUAUUUAAUAUAGUAGAAUGAUAUGGUAAAUUAUUAUGCCUCUCUUAUAUAUAAACUUUUUUAUUGGUUUUUAUUUAAUAGCAGCUUAAUUCAAAUUGACUUUUUAUAAUUCUAGUGUACUCACAACAACUCUAAUCUAUGUGUACCUUUAUUUUUCUCCUAAUUUAAUCGAUGGUUUAGUGUAAUUAAUUUCAUAUAGAGAAAUAUCUGGAUAUAAAUGGAUCUAAGCAAAUGUAUCUGAAAGAUAUGAUACUAGAAUUCAUCUAAAAUGGAUGAUGUAUUUUUGUUUACCAUUCUUACUAAUUUUAGGAAUCUUUAUUCCUUGUUAAUUAUUUUAUAUACUAUAUAAAAAUAGAAAAAACUUAGAUCAAAGAUCUACUAGACUUUAUUGGGGUUAUUUAUAUCAUGAAUAUAAGAGAGAAGCUUACUUUUGGGAAUUAAUUAAAAUCUUAUAAAAAGAAUUAAUUAUCUUAUCCCUCAUAUAUUAUGAAGACAGUAUUGCAGUUAAAGGUAUCUUAGUACUUUUUAUUACAUAUCUCUAUUAAGAAUUAAAUAGUAAUUACAAACCCUAUACAUUAAGUAGUCUCAAUAAAUUAGAUUAUUAUUCAGCAAAUAUUUGUAUGAUAACUAUUAGUUUAGCUAUUGGAGCAUAUAUAUCCUAAUAAUCAGAUGUAUCUGAACUUUAAAUUCUUUUCUAUUUUCUGAUGGCUCUCUUUAAUUUUUUUUUCCUUUAUAAAAUUAUUACCAAAAUUAUAACUGAGUAUUCAAAAACUUAUGAAUGGGUAUUAGAUAAAAUUAAAGAAUCACUUAAAUCCAAAUUUCCAAAUUUAAAAAAUUCCAUUCAUUUUAGAAAUAUUCUAAAAAACAAAGCAGAAGAAAAAUAAAGAGUUUAUAGGGCAUUCAGAAAAUUAAGAGUUUUUGGAAUCCCUUUAGCAAAAAGAAUAAUAGAGUAAAAAACUUAAUCUUUUGAAAAUUUUAAAAGAUUUAAAAUAGGUGAAAUAAUUGAUUCUUAAGGAACUCUUAAGGUUGAUGCAUAAGUUGAUCUUUUAGAACCUCAAAGAGUGACAAUGUAAAGAUUUCUUCAAAGCAUUUAUUAAUGA